AAAACCUUCUCUUUUGUGCCUUUGUCAGUUUUUGGGCAAAUAUUCUUGUCUUCAACUUCAACAGCUCCUCCACCAUUUUCCUUGCUCAAGGAUUUCUUCUCGUUUCUCUCUCUCUGACCCUCUCUGAAGCUUUUCCCCAUCUCUGUAGGGGCCAUGUAGAGCUUUCGUUUCAGCUUCACCCAGUCUCUCAAUUUUGCCUCAUGAAAAAUUUUCGUUUCUUUUCUCCUUGUCAUUUUCUCAUUAAUGCUGACAAAGCGAGCGACUAAGUAAAACCCACUCCCCCAUUUCUCCAUCCGUUUUGGGGUUUAUUGGUUUCAGACUGCAUAGGAUAGAAAGUUCAAUUCUUUGCUUCUUUUUUAUCUCUUAGGACAGCUCCUUUGGUUUUUAGGGUUUUGGAGCUCUUCUAAGCUCUGGUAUUGAGCAAUUAUGGUGAGGAAGCAUGGAUGGCAAUUGCCAGCACACACGUUUCAGGUUGUUGCAAUCACGGUGUUUUGCCUGUUGGUGAUAGCAUUCUAUGCUUUCUUUGCUCCUUUCCUCGGAGGCCACUUCUGGGAGUACACUCUGAUUGGCAUCUACUCUCCAGUGGUGCUCCUGGUUUUUAUUCUUUAUGUGCGGUGUACCGCAAUCAACCCAGCAGAUCCUGGCAUCAUGUCUAAAUUCAAUCCCCAUCAUAUAGCAGCUAACAGGAAUGCUAAAGAUCUACCCAGACGAUUCAAUGAAGCUGGGAGUGGAAUUCAUUCUUCCCCAUCUUCUAUGUCCAAAAGUUCUAUAGCUCCUGCCAACUCUAGCAGGCAAGGGUCAGUUGGAGAUAUCGGGAGAGUUGAUGAGGAACCACAAACCCACCAAAAAUCAUGCUCUAUUGUCGGGGGAAUCUUAUGUGCUGUGUUUGUUCAUGAAGAUUGUCGCAAGCAGGAAGGGCUUUCCGAGCAACAAGGCUCUGUUGAAGAUGCGUUGUUCUGUACAUUGUGCAAUGCUGAGGUACGCAAAUUCAGCAAGCACUGCCGCAGUUGUGAUAAAUGUGUUGAUGGCUUUGACCACCAUUGUCGGUGGCUUAACAAUUGUGUGGGCCAUAAAAACUAUGUGACUUUCAUUUCGCUUAUGGCUACAAGUAUUGUAUGGCUUGUUCUUGAAGUUGGAGUCGGGAUUGCUGUCAUGGUCCGUUGCUUUGCCCACAAGAAAAGCAUGGAUGCUGAAAUAGUUGAUACCCUUGGAAACGGAUUCUCUCGUGCUCCUUUCGCUACUGUGGUGGCUGUAUGUACUGCAGUUUCUAUUCUGGCCUGCAUACCCUUGGCUGAACUUCUCUUCUUCCACAUGAUAUUAAUUCGAAAGGGUAUUACGACGUAUGAGUAUGUUGUGGCAAUGAGAGCAAUGAGUGAGGGACCUGCGAAUAUGGAAGAGCAAUGGGGCAAUCUAGGCAACUCACCAACAGGAUCUGCAACAACAGGAUUUAGUGGUGGAAGUUCUCUUGGCCUGCAGUACAAGGGAGCAUGGUGUACCCCUCCCCGAGUAUUCGUUGAUUUACAGGAUGAAGUCAUACCUCACUUGGAUCCAGGAAUGGUCCCAUCAACGGUCGACCCUGAUGCAGCAGGAAAUGCAGACCAAGGAGGAAACAGGCAACCCAAAAGGCCCGUCCGAAUUAGUGCUUGGAAACUUGCAAAGUUGGACUCAAACGAGGCAAUGAAAGCCGCAGCAAAGGCAAGAGCAUCUUCUUCCGUUCUGAAACCAGUCGAGAACCCUCCAUAUCUUGAAGGAGGUAGCUCGAGUGGCAACAUGAGCAUCAGGAGUAGCCUCAGUACCGAAAUGGGUCCAAACAAGGAGUUGACGAGGGCCGAGCUGCGGUUACCCUCACAUGGUCAUUCAAUACCUCCUAGUCAAGGCAGUCGAGAUGAUUGUGAAACUGGAACCCACAGUGUUAGUAGCUUCAGCAGCCCUAGCCACAUCCAUGAGUCGGUAACCCUUAGCCCUCUGCCGCAAGGUCAUGCUCCUAGUUUCCUUCCUAGUCGGCCUAUGGCCUCCAAGGUGGCACCCCCUACAUCUGGAUUUGAUGAGAAGAUCGCGCAGAGGGGAAGUGGUAGUACUGCUGAUCCUUUGCUUCUUGGAGCACCGACAUCAUCAUCAUCUCUUCUCAGAGAGGUGAAGAGGACAUCUGUGGUAUGGGACCAAGAAGCAGGGAGGUAUGUAUCUGUUCCCGUUUCUUCGACUGAUGCAAGAAGCAGACCGGCCCCACAAAUUGGUGUGCCAACUUCAUCAUCAUCCGAGGCAAAACCAGCAGCAGUUCAGCAAGGGGAGAAGCUGAUGUACACAGGAGGUGACUCCAUUUUCUUCGGCGGUCCACUAUUGACUGGUCCAACCAUUAGAGGAGAAGGGUUGAGAAAUGAAGGUUCAAGAGACACCCACCACCAGCAGAGGCUAGCAUUGAACUUCCCACGUGAGUCGAGGUUCAGAAGAGAUGCAGUGUCGAAUCAGCUUCCUGUUUUCAACCCUGCUGGAUCAUCUGACCACCACCACCACAAUCCUUCAUCUUAAGGUUACUCCAUUUUCAUCUGUAUAGUCCAGAGAGCAAACAGCAGAAUGCAGGCGAAAGCUGGAGGCAUCCUUUCUUUCUAGUGAUAGGUCCUGCUGCUCAUUCGUAGCAGGAAAGCUCAUUUCAUGCAAGGUUUAACCGCUUGUUUGGUUUGGAGGAUGGAGGAAGAGGACAUGAUUGGAUGCCUAGUAUUGUCAAUGAAUGAGAAAGGUGACUGGAGAUCGAAUAGCGAGAGAGAACAUCGGUCUUGGUCUCGGUCUCUCAUCCAAUCUUGGCCUGACCAAAAGGGUGUGUUCUUUUGUCGAUGAGACCUUGUACAUUUUGAUUCUCUCACUGCCUUUAUAUUCUUCCUACUGUUCUCCAGUUCAUGUUGUGCGUGUGUAUAUCUUUUCUCCAAUUCUUUUUUGGCUGUCUUUGUUGGUUAGUUGUAUUUUGAGACAGACAUUUGUGGAAGUUGACAGAGAAUGCAUGGUGGCACAGAUCAAUUGAAAGGGAAAGAAAUAAAUCACCUCAAUCCUCAUUCUUAGUCUUCUAGAUGCCAAGGGUGUGAUUGGCAUUAUCCAAUGUAACAAUCAGACACAAUGUGCUAACACGGAAUCAAAAGCCUCAUUUCUUCUAGC